UAUCCCUGUCAGCAGGAAGGAAUAUGAGGAGUGCAGCUGCCAUAUAAGGGCAAAGCUCCAGUGUCAUUGCAGAACUUCCCAUAAUCUUCAGAAGACACGCUCCGACGCACGAGUGAUUCUGGUCUCUGUCUGCCAUACAGACAGUGGAUCAUCUUGGUUGGAACUUCCUUUGGUGGAUGUGUAGUCCAAUGCGAGAGCACCACUGUUGGUUAUCGAUCGCAUGGUUUGGUCACCUCAGGUAUACAGUAAUGGGCUCCAGUGGGGAAAACCAAUAUCUUGAUGUAACCGUGCAUAAUGAGUCGACCCACUACACAGUCAGUUGCUCCCUUGGGAAGAAAAAGGCAGAUCACUCAAAGAAGGACGAGCUUAACAAAAAGAAGUUUCCAGUUAAUUACUCUGGCAACAAUCCAGGCAGAGUAAAGCGAGUCGUGUCGUCUAAGCGGAAGACACGUCAUCUGAGGGUGGCUAGAAAGAAGCCGUCUGGCUCAGGCAAAGCACCUGAUGCAGCAAACAAGGAGAGUGAAAUUCCUCAAGAAAUGUUCGAUAUAGACCAUCAGGAGUCAACAGCAAAUGUAAACAGUCACCACAGUAUGGGAACGACUGGUUUUGAAGAUGCUGACUCCAUGAAACUUACUGAGCUUACAAGGGAUCACAGCACAGUAAGUGAAGUGCUCCUAGGAAGAAACCUGAGGCUCCAAGUGGCCUUAACACUGUGGCAGAGACAUUUUGGAGAGAUGCUAACAUACUUCCUCAGAAUCCAAGAUACUGGUGUCUUUGUCGACAUUCUCCCUCUAAUAACCAAAAGUAUGGAGGACGACUCUUCCAGCAUUACCAUCGGCUGUUGUGUGGACUUGUUCCCCUUGGUCCAGAAUGUCCUCAUCAGUCCAUAUGAAGAAUAUGCCGUCAUUGGUUUAACAUGGAUCAAUUCCGUUUUGAAACGCUGGUGGGAACAGCUUAAAGGAAGUGGCUGCACUGGAUCGACUGAGCUUCCCUUAGAUAGAAACUUCCAGGUCUUUAAUCAGCGGUUGUUGGACUUAUGGCAUCAGGAGCCUCAACUGAAGUUUUUGCUUGGAGCUGCUGGAGAAAUGGCAAAGGCCGUUGAGUCAUUCCUGUCUCAACUUACUUGACAUCCAGGAAGAGUGAAAAUACCGCCAUCCUUUGAGGUUCUGACAAUGUGCAAUAUAAACUUGAUCGUGAGAAAAUAAUGUCUCGUAUAAAACUUAGCUCUAGUGGAUUUAUCAUUCUGUUGUCUGAGUUA